AUGAAAUAUUUGCCCACGGGUGGGCAUAAAGAAACGUACACACUGAUUACAGCGAGACGAAGAUAUAUGAAGAAACUAAUGCGGCAGCACGUGGCAGCGCCAUGGAGUUCAACAACUACAUCUAGCGGCGCUCGUGCGCAACACGAACUUUUUGAGUUACUUGAACGAGUACAAUGUUCCCGUUUAGACGACCAGAGGGCGGUACUACCGGCUUACUUUACUCAGAUAAAGGAAAGAAUAGAUGUAUUAGGGUGGCAAGCGGAGCGUGAAACGCUGUCUGUCAGACCUUUCUAUUUUUAA